AUGGCGCUGCGGGGUGUUUGCGUCCUGGAGCUGGCCGGCCUGGCCCCGGGCCCGUUCUGCGGCAUGGUGCUGGCUGACUUCGGGGCGCAGGUGAUCCGGGUGGACCGAGUGGGCCGCGGCGGCGGCUUGGACGUGAGCACCUUAGCCCGGGGGAAGCGCUCGCUGGCUGUGGACCUGAAGCAGCCGCAGGGCGUGCAGGUGCUGCGGCGUCUGUGCAUGAGAGCAGACGUGCUGCUGGAGCCCUUCCGCCAGGGUGUCAUGGAGAAACUCCAGCUGGGUCCUGAGGUCCUCCAUCGAGAGAACCCCAAGCUCAUCUACGCCCGACUCAGUGGAUUUGGACAGUCAGGGAAGUUCUCCAGGAUGGCAGGGCAUGACAUCAACUAUUUGGCUUUGUCAGGUGUUUUAUCCAGACUUGGCGGAAACGGGAAGAAUCCGUGUCCCCCAUUGAACCUCCUGGCUGACUUUGCUGGUGGUGGCCUCAUGUGCUCUCUGGGCAUUGUGAUAGCUCUGUUUGAACGCACGGUCUCAGGCAAAGGCCAAGUCAUCGAUGCCAACAUGGUGGAAGGGACAGCAUAUCUGAGCUCUUUUCUCUGGAAAACACUGAAAACAGGCCUGUGGGAGCAGCCUCCAGGCCAGAACAUUUUGGAUGGUGGAGCUCCUUUCUACACGACUUACCAAACAGCAGAUGGAGGGUUUAUGGCCGUGGGAGCCAUAGAACCCCAGUUCUAUAAGCUGCUUCUCAAAGGACUGGGACUCAAUUCUGCUGAACUUCCCAAUCAGAUGAACAUGGCUGACUGGCCAGAAAUAAAGAAGAAAUUUGCUGCCGUGUUCGCAACGAAGACGAAGGCCGAGUGGUGUCAGAUCUUUGACGGCACUGAUGCUUGCGUGACCCCUGUUCUGUCAUUUGAGGAGGUCGCCCAUCAUGACCACCCCCGUGAGCGGGGCUCCUUUAUCAGGGAUGAGGGGCAGGACCUGAGUCCCCGCCCUGCACCUCUGCUGCUGCGCACCCCUGCCACCCCUUCUCUCCAGAGGGAUUCCAUCAUUGGAGAGCACUCUAAAGAGAUACUGGAAGAGUUUGGGUUCAGCCAGAAAGAGAUUGAUGAGCUUACCUCAGCUAAGGUUAUUGAAAGUCAUAAACCCAGAGCUAAUCUCUAA